AUGAAGAACCCAGAAGAAAUUCAACGAGAAGAUAACAUUACGUACAUAACUAAUAAUUUGUCGGCUCCGGUUAUUAAUAACUGGACAAACGGUAGUUUUUAUUUUUGUUGAUAGGAAUUUAUAGGUUUACCUAUAAGUACAAAGGUACUUAUGGGAUGUUACGUUUUUUAAAAUGUAAUCUUUAAGAAUUCUAAAUUGGUACAUAAGUCAUUCGGAUAUCCAAAAUUUGAAACCAUUUUAAUUAAUUGAUUCAUAUAAUAUGUAACAUAUCUAUUAGAAAUACCCUAACUUAAUCUUUAUCUUAACUUCAUUAUUUUUAUUCUGAUCAUAGCACAGAAUAAAAUAAUUUAAUUGGUUUAGUGAUUGUUAAAGUUUCUAUUAGAAUCUCGCUCCUAUUAUCCACUUUAAAGGUGGCUUUAAUAAUAAAUUUUGUUGUUGUUUCAUUUAGAAUUUUAUUUUUCGAUUUCCCUUGUUGUAGUUUUCUUAAUAAUUAGGAAAAAAACGGGAAAGUCUACACAAUAAUGGUUUAAAAAUAACGACAUAUUAACUCAGUUUGUCUUGCUUGUGAUUUAGAUUCUAUUAACAAUUAUUUUAACUCAAACUCACUUAAAGUUCAAAAUUAUCUCUAAUUCAAAAUACUUAUUUAUGUCCCCAAUAUAUAAUAAUGUAAUAGCCAAUAGGAAAUAUGGUCUCGUCCAUCUUCGUGAUACUUUAUUAAAAAGUUAUCUACAACUUAAAACUUUUAAGUUUCGACUGGAGAUUCUUAAUAAGUAUAAUAGGAUAUGAAUAAAAUAUGCAUGCUAUUUUAAGUUUGUCUUUUUCUCCUAUGUCUUCAAAUCCCAGCUAUUUGUAGUUUGUAUUUUACAUUUUUUGUUACUUAGUAGAUAAAGUAAUAAUUAGACAGAAAAUAAAAUUGAUUAUUACAUUGGGCCAUAUUUUUUCUGAGAUUUUAUAUUCUUAGGUAAUAGACACUAUAAAAAUAGUAGGUAUAUAUUAUUGUAGUAGGUAUUCUUAUCCAAAUAGUAUAAUCAUCACUAUAACCAAUAAUUACUAUAUCUCUUUGUGUCAUCAGUUACCUAUAGUUAGAGAGCCCAGCCUUAGAUAGGCUCUUUAUCUAUAACUUUAGGUGCCCAUAGGUGAAAUGUUGAAGGAGGAAAAAUAAAACUAAUUUUCAACAUUUAUGCGAAAUAAAGGUUUAAGGGGAUUGGAAGCGACAAAUUUCUGUCUUUGUCUUAUACGCGUGAGUUAUGGAGAUUUAGAAGUUUUAUUUCUAACGUACCGAUUGAUUUAAUGAAGUGAUAAGAAUUCUAAAAGCAGAUUUGUUUUUGUCGUGAAAUCUAAUUGAAAUCAACUUUUCCACUUUUUUAAUUUUAAUUUCUUAAAAAAUUAAAAUAUUUUUAAUUACUAUUUUAUAAGUAUGGCUUUUUUUUUAGAAUUUAGAGAGAUAAAUUUAAAAAGUAGGUAAGUUGAUCACAAGUAGACUUCACGACAAAUUCAAAUGUUUCCAGAAUUCUUAUCGCUUCACUAGAUCAAUUGCUAUGUUGGAAUUAGAACACGUCUAAAUUUCUUUAUCUCACAUGUGUAGGACGAAGAUAGAAACUCAUCGUUUCCAAUCCUCUUAAUGUUCAACAUAAUAUGUAUUUUUUUUUUAGUAAGCUGAGGGGAAUUUCACCGUUUUGCUCUCCCAUAGGCGCCCACGCCUAUAAGAAUGUAAUACAUAUUGUAAAAUGACUGAAUAAUAUUGUAGAGAAAUAAUAAUUUUAAGUUAUUUUUAUGAUUGAUUCAAAAUAAUUAAAUUGUUGAAAUUAAAUUUAUUUGGUUUCAGAUGAUUCUAAAUUUGGUCAACAAAUGAUUGAAAAAUUUGGAUUGAUAAAAAGGUCAAAUCUUGAGAAAAACAAACAAGUAACCCCUAUAGGUAAUGUUAAUAUACAAUAUAUGUAAUCAUAUAUGGUGUUUUUAAUUUAAUUUUUGUUUUUAAAUAUUUGUUUAUUUCAAUUAUGUACUUGUAAUUUAAAAUGUAACAUAGGUAACAUUUGUUAUAAUUUUUUUUCUUUUUAAAGUUCAUUUCAAAACUAAUGAUUUAUUUGUAUUAUGUUUAAAAAAAAUAUAAAAUUAAAAUUAGUAAUGAAGAACAUUUCAUUAUAAAUUGAUUAUAAAUAUAUUAAUUUUGUAAUAAUUGUGUAAUGUUUUUAAUUGGUUAUUUUAGGAUUCAUAGAACAAAAUGAAGAUAAUUUGUUUAAAACAGGUGGAGACUAUUCAAAAUUAUUAUCACAGUUAACAGAGAAAUUUGAUCAAUACCAAACACUGUCCAAAGUGGAUGGUGAUAUAAAUUCAAAACAAUUACUUAUACAAAAAUCAAUAAAUUCAAAGUCAAGAGAACAGUAAGCUUGUUUAUAAUAAUAGUGUGCAUAAACCAAAUAGUUUUUGUUUAUUUUAAUUAUUACUUUUUUUAAGUUAUCACAAACAUACAAAAGGAACAAAUUUAACACAGCAUAAAAGAAAAGAAUUAGCAUGUAUUUUAGACAAAGGUGUGAAAGAUGAAGAUAAAAGUUUGAAUAAUUUACAUACAAAAGAAUAUUUAAAAAUUAAAACAAUCCAAACAGAUAAACAUGAUAAAUCUGGCCAAAUAAUUAGUAUUACUAAUGAAUUGAAUACUAUUCCAUUAAAAAAUAUUAAAUGCCAAUCAAAAUUAUCAAAAGAAACAAAUAUUGUCUUAAUUUCUAAUGAAAGUAAUAAAACUGUAGAGUCAAUCAAAAAAAAUAAAAAAUUAAAAACUUAUUCUUAUGAAGAUAUUGAUAAUAUAGAAAUAUUAAGAAAUAAAAAAUCUAAAACGCACAUUACUGAAUACGUAGAAAAUACAAAGAGUCACAAUAAUAAAGAUAGUACAAAAAUAUCAAAAGAACAGUAUUUAAAAUUGGUUUUGACACAUAAAUAUCAAAAGUUAGUUGAAUUAUUAGUAAAUAAUAGUUCUGCUGGUAAAAAGUAUUGUAAAGAUUCACCAAGUCCUAUGUUUGAGAAAAAAAUUAAAGACUUUGCAGAUAGUGUUAAAGACAAGGAUCCAACCAUUUUUGAUUCAACUGAAAUAAGAGGAUUAGACGAAGAAUCAAUGUUUAAUAGAUCUAAAACUUUACAUCCCAAUUAUAAACAAAUUGUCAAAGAUUUUGAAGAACAGAAACCUGAAGUAUUUGAUAGGAUAUCAAAACGGCACGAGGUGUUAAAAUACAGAAAUGAAAAGUCUAUGUUCAUAGCUAAACACGGGGAUGUGUUAUUUUUUGGUAGUAAUAUAAAUGAUAUUAAAGGUUAUGGUGAGUGGUAA